AUGAGCAAACAUCUGGCCAUUGCCUCUGUUCUCGCCAUUGGCUUGACGGUCUUGUUGUCUAUAAUCUUGUGGAGGAUUUCACGCAUAUCCGGGCCAGGAUCCAAGAUCACCACAGUAUACCUCUGCGGGGACGCCCACUCCGGGAAAACGAAACUCUACUAUUCCCUCAUUUCUCCGACAGAGUCACCAGCCUCCUUUGAUACUGUCAAGACGGUCGACGGAGCUAUUUAUACUGGGUGUAUCGAUUCUCUUCCAGGCAGACUGCUGCGUCUUUGCGAUAUCCCAUCCGAUCAGCGGUGCUGCUCUUCAGAGGCGCUUGCUUCGCCUCCAGCAAUUAUUGUCUACAUAGCAACCAAAGGUUGUGACAGCGCUAACAUUGUGACCUUGAUGGAGACCCACCAGUCUACUCUGAAGCUGCUUCUAAUACUCGCCAUGGGUAUUGCCGGACAUGAAGUUCUUAGCCAUGUCUCCAGCCUCAUUUCCACAAAUCAGAACAUAGACCCAGAGGACGUUGCCAUCCCUGCCUCUUUACAAGUAGCCGAGGUCUCCACUAUGAACGAGCUUCCGUCUACCGUCAUUGAAGCUAUGAGGAAGAUCCUUUGCAAGUAA